AUGGCCUUGCUGGGGCUUCUCUCCUGCGUCACCCUCAUAGGCAUCUCCUUUGGCUCUGGGGCCCCUGCCAGUGACCCGGAGCUGAACAUUAUACCCAGGAUCAUCAAUGGGGUGGACGCUCAUCCUGGUGCCUGGCCCUGGAACGUGAUGCUUCAGACUCGUACCGGAAAACUUCUUGGUGGGGGCUCCCUGAUCAAUGAGAACUGGGUGGUCACUGCCGCCUACUGCAAAGUCACGACAUCUGACCAGGUCGUGGCUGGGAUAUUUGACAGGAGCGCCGGUGAGAGUGACAUCCAGAUCCUGAAUAUUUCCCAGAUUUUUAGACACCCCAAGUUCAACGUGUGGCAUAUACGCAAUGACAUUGCCCUGCUGAAGCUCGCCACGCCUGCUGUCUUCCGCAAGAACGUUGCCCCUAUUUUCCUGCCCAGAGUUUCUGACAUCUUCCCUUCUAGGACAAUGUGUACCAUUAUGGGCUGGGGGGAAACCCAAACUAAUGCCACCAAGUUCCCUGACAAGCUGCAGCAGGCCACUGUGUCUCUGAUGUCCCCCGCUGAGUGCAGGAGGUACUGGCCCCAGCUCCAGAUCCGCACCAUGAUCUGUGCUGGAUUCACGGGUGCCAGCUCCCACAAUGGUGACUCUGGUGGUUCCAUGGUCUGCCAGAAGAAUGGACACUGGAUGCUGGUGGGCAUCUUGUCAUUUGACAGUGGAAACUGCCCUGCUUGCAAGCCCUUGGUGGCCACCCGUGUCAGAAGUGUUCAUCCUGCGAGGCUGCAGCAGGCCAAUGUGCCCCUCCAGUCCACGGCCACCUGUAAGAAGUUCUGGCCCAGCUUCAGCCCCCACGCCAUGAUCUGUGCUGGGGUCAAAGGUGUCAGCUUCUACCGUGUAGAGAAGCAGCCUGAGGUGCUGGGUUCUGUUAAGUCCUGGGUGCUGACUCUGGGUGCCCUAGGCUCUGGGGCCCCUGACAGUGACCCGGAGCUGAGCAUUACACCCAGGAUCAUCAAUGGGACGGACGCUCGUCCUGGUGCCUGGCCCUGGCACGUAUCUGUGCAGACUUCCACUGGACGCUUCAAGUGUGGGGGCUCCCUGAUCGACAGGUUCUGGGUGAUCACCGCCGCCCACUGCAAUAUCACGACCUCUAUGCGAGUUGUGACUGGGUUGUUUGAAUUAAACACCUCUGAAGCAAACCUUGAGGUUCUGAAGAUUGCCCAGGUUUUCAGAUAUCCCAGGUUCAACUUGGACAGUCUCUACAGUGACAUCGCCCUGCUGAAGCUGGCCUCACCCGCUCAUUUCUAUCGCUCAGUGUCCCCUGUUCCCCUGCCCAGUGUUGGUGACUACUUCCUUCCUGGAACCUGGUGCAAAAUUACAGGCUGGGGGUUCAGGUACCCUAAUGGCAGGAAUCGCCCUAGUCGGCUGCAGGAGGCCACAGUGCCCAUCUUGUCCGUGGCCACCUGCAGGAAGUUCUGGCCUGGCUUCAGCCCCCACGCCAUGCUCUGUGCUGGGGUCGAAGGUGUCAGCUUCUACAGUGGCGACUCUGGUGGCUCGCUGGUCUGCCCCAAGAAGGGAACCUGGACGCUGGUGGGCAUCUUGUCCUUUUUCUAUAGAAGCAACCCCACUGGGAGGCCCUUUGUGACCACUCGUGUCUCGAUGUUCAGACCUUGGAUCGACGACAUCAUGACUCACAACUGA